UGGGCCUCCGCGCUAUCGUCUCCUCCUCUCUUCCCUAUGGCGAAGCAGCAGAGCCGGGAGCAGGGCAUCACCCUGGGGGGCAGCGCCGAGUUUGUGACGGAGUUCUUCUCAUAUGGCAUCAACAGUAUUUUAUACCAACGUGGGAUCUAUCCUGCUGAAACCUUUACACAUGUUCAGAAAUAUGGACUCACUAUGCUUGUAACUGCAGAUGUGGAACUUAAAAACUAUCUGAACAAUGUGGUGGGACAGCUAAAAGAAUGGCUCUAUGAGUGCCUAGUUCAGGGACUAGUGGUGGUGAUCUCCAGUAAGGAAACCAGUGAAGUUCUUGAAAGGUGGCAAUUUGAUAUUGAAUGUGACAAAACUGCAAAGGAAGAAAAUGCACCAAGAGAGAAAUCACAGAAAGCUAUACAGGAUGGAAUUAAAUCUGUUAUCAGACAAAUAACAGCUACAGUGACAUUUCUUCCUUUGUUGGAAACUACCUGUGCAUUUGACUUACUAAUUUUCACAGACAAAGACUUGGAAGUUCCAGACAAGUGGGAAGAGUCGGGCCCAUAGUUCAUUGCUAGUUCUGAAGAAGUCCGUCUUUGUUCCUUCACAACUACUAUUCACAAAGUCAACAGUGUGGUA